AAAAUGGCGACGUCGGAAAUAUACGUCCUUGAACGAAAUGUAUACUUUUAAGUCGAACUUAGUGCACUCGAACUUAGAGCUACAUUUUGCAUAUUACGCGUACAUCACAUUUGCUACAUUAAAAAAUUCUGCCUAACAUUGUAAAUUUAUUAAAAUAUAUAGAAAUGAAAAAAAAAUUGCUACUCCUAUUUUAAUAAUUAUUCAUUUAGAAUUUUGUUUUAAAUGCCAAAGUGACAAGUGUGUGUUGUAGACAGACGAUUGCUCCGAGACAAGCCUUGUGGCCUGUGGACGGCUGUCUGCUAAACGUUGUUAGGAUGAUCUAAUUUACAUCUAGAUUCUAGACUAGAUCUAGAUUAUAGUAAAUUGAGUUCGUUUGAUGGAAUCAUUUGAUUAUCUACAGUCAAGAGUCUCACACAUGUUACAGAGGAGGAUUUAUCCUAAUGUAUUUUUUUAAUCUGUUUAACCCCACCUUUUACUGAAUGAUUGCAAAUGCCCCACGCGGCUCAGGAAGAGACACAUUUCCACGCCCAAACUAUGGAUUUUGAAAGGUCAAGACACCAUAUAUUUGAGCGACCAGGCUCUGACAUAAAAAAGACUGGACUGUUGAAAAAGUUGAAGACAAUGAAAAAGAAAUUCUUUGUCCUGAGAUCAACCAGUUCCAGUGGGCCUGCAAGGUUGGAAUAUUAUGACUCUGAAAAGAAGUACAAAGAUGGGCAAUUGCCGAAACGCUCUAUUCAACUGCACACUUGCUUCAACAUUAACAAGAAAUGUGACAGUCGCCAUGGAAAGUAUGGAAUAAUUCUCUACACCAGUGACGACUGCUUUACUGUUUUAGCUAAUUCUGAGGAAGACCAGGAUGAUUGGUUGAGUAUUUUGCUGGAGUACCAAAAUGAAUAUCUGCCUGAUGGGGAUAUGCACAAAGAACAUUACGAACAUGUUUGGCAAGUCACUUUGCAACCCAGAGGUAUAGGUCAAGGUAAAGGGUCAAAAAGUCAGUAUAGACUUUGUCUGAACAGCACUACUGUGUCACUGGUUAGGACCAAUUCAAUCCAGCCUCAGUACAGUAUACAGUUGGUAACCAUUCGCUCUGUGGCCCAUAAUGAUUGCUCCUUUAGGUUGGAAGUUGGCAAGUAUGCCCCAACAGGGGAAGGGGAGCUUUGGUUCACUGUUGAGGAGGCUAGUGUAGCCAAGGAUAUACACGCCACUUUGUUAAGAUUCAUGAGCUCUGUGGAUAAUACAUCAUCAUCAUUCCGUGUGAGGAGUGGAAGUCAUAACAGCCCUGCUAGACCACGAACAACAGAGAAUCGUCCAAAUUCAUAUUGUCCAUCAGACACAGAUAAACUCAACAGUCCAGUCAAUCCACAAGAAAGUUCCAUACGGCCUCGCACAAACACUGGGGAAUCAAGAAAGUCCUACUCUCUUCAUGAGGAUAAUUUAACUUUUAAGAGAAUCUCUAGCUCUGAGACAUCAGAUGGACACAUCAGUAUAGUCCCUGAAGGAAUGAACCCUCCCACCUCACCUGGGCAGUUAGAUGAGGAUAUAAGUGUCUACGCACAAAUGGAUAUUGGUCGUAGUAAUCCAUCAACACCACCGACACCCUCUUACUUUCAGAUGUCAAUACAGCCUCUACAUCUACAGAAAGGUGAAUCAAGUUAUCUGCCCAUGAGCCCACACCCAGUGAGCCCUGUACAAGAGCAGUAUAUGAUUCACCACGUGAGCGCCCCACUACCCACCCACGCUUACCCUGAGCCUCAUCACCCAACACCACUACCCACUGUUAGAGAAUGUGGAAGUAAUGAAGGCUACCUGCCAAUGGACCCCAGCAGUCCAGUCAGCUCUACUGGUGUGCCCCGCCCAGAGCCUGCUGUCUGCAUGCUGCUGGAUGACACAGCUGGGCUGCCCCCUCGCACCUACUCUCUGGGUAGUAGACCUGUGGCCAAGAAGGACUCGAGCUACAUAGAGAUGGGCCCUAGGUCAACUGGCAAUGACAUAUCUAGAGCCACAAGUGCACCUCACAUAAUAAACAACCACAAAGUGCGCCAGAAGACAGAGUCCCCCAGUGCAAGCCCUCUGAGCAUGUCUCUGAAGUCAGAUGACUCUGAUUCCUUUAUGGAGUACAUGUCCAUGAGACCCAGAACUGCCAGUGAUAGCUUCAACUACAGACAGAGAGCAUCUAGUUUUGGGAUGCAGCCUCCAACAACUUGUCGCCCUAGGUCUUCCAGUCAUGGGCAAGGCACACGGCCUAUUAUCAAGUUUGGAAAGUUAAAAGCUGAACAGGCGCGGCUAGCUCAGGAAUCAUAUGGCCGUUCUCAGGAUUCUUCUCUUCAUGGUUCCUUUGAUUCUUUGAGAGUCUCCAGUGAAAGCUUGCGCAAAAGCUCUGAGGGUAUGAGGAAACAGAGCGGGUCAAAUGCUAGUGAUUAUGCUGACAUGAGGGGGACGCCCUCCCCCCAGCUAAAGCCUGUCUCUUGUGAGCUGGAUGGCUACGUGAGCAUGGCCCCAGGAGGCAGGAGAACAUCUCCUCAUCGGGCCCGCACUGACUCAAGUGGCAGUGGCAGGCGUCCUGACAGAGUUGGCAGCCAGACAGAGCAGCAUGGCAAGCAGAGCAGUGACUACACGGAGAUGUCCCCAGCCAACACCUUGGCCAGCAACUCUGGGGACUCUUACAUGAAUAUGGACUACACUUGUAGGCCAGUGGCCCCCUCAACUGGCAACCAGCAGAAAGAUUCAGCUUAUAUGAACAUGGACCUAGACUCUAACAGAUCGGUCAGCAUGGAGAAUGUGGACACGUACAUGGUGUACGAGCCUUCCCACAGUGCUGGCAACAAGCAGAGGACAGGUUCUGUAGGCUCCAGAGACAAGAAGGUGAUCCAGCCGAGAAAACCCUCAUCCAUGUCCUGCUCAUCUACCUCAGCCAUGAUCCAGCCCACUGUCUCCACCUCCACACGCACCGGUGGCAGCAGUGACUCUCUGCGCAAGACUUCCCGCCAGGCCUCCAUGGAGAAGUCUGGCAGCCUGGGAAAAGAUUUCAGAAAGAAGAGUGGCUCUAUGGGGAGCAGGCCAGCGAGCUACCGGCUCCCCCCUGCUGCUGACCACUUGAUCCCCCUGAAGAAAUCUGCAGCCUUACCAGCAGAGGAUCUGAAUGAUGAGUACAUUGAGUUCACUCCCACUGCAUCCAAGGCUGCCACCCCAGCCAAACUCAGCCUUUUCAGUUUCAGUGAUCAUUCCCAGCCUCUGAACUCACCACUGGAUGCCCACAAACCCUGGCCCAUUGGGCAUCAUCAGCAACAAGCAACAGCUUCUUUUUCUAAUAUGAGGGCGCCAAACUUGGCUGGCAGCGUCCAUCCCACUGACCAAUCAGAGACUUACAUUGGCUACCAGCCUGGGCCUAGGGGAAAAGAUAGCAAGCCUGUAGCAGAAUACAUGAGUUUUGAGCCUGCGCCUAAAGGAAAAGAUAGCAAGCCUGUAGCAGAAUACAUGAGUUUUGAGCCUGCGCCUAAAGGAAAAGAUAGCAAGCCUGUAGCAGAAUACAUGAGUUUUGAGCCUGCGCCUAAAGGAAAAGAUAGCAAGCCUGUAGCAGAAUACAUGAGUUUUGAGCCUGCGCCUAAAGGAAAAGAUAGCAAGCCUGUAGCAGAAUACAUGAGUUUUGAGCCUGCUCCUAAGGGAAAAGAUAGCAAGCCUGUAGCAGAAUACAUGAGUUUUGAGCCUGCGCCUAAGGGAAAAGAUAGCAAGCCUGUAGCAGAAUACAUGAGUUUUGAACCUGCGCCUAAGGGAAAAGAUAGCAAGCCUGUAGCAGAAUACAUGAGUUUUGAACCUGCGCCUAAGGGAAAAGAUAGCAAGCCUGUAGCAGAAUACAUGAGUUUUGAACCUGCGCCUAAGGGAAAAGAUAGCAAGCCUGUAGCAGAAUACAUGAGCUAUGAGCCAUCACCAAUGACUGGUUCAAACAAGCCAUUUUCCCCAACACCCGUAGUUUCUUACAUUCAAAGUUCAGGAGUUGAGAAGCUCCAGGUGAAAGUCAUUCAAUCGGGGCCUGAACCAGCCAUGUCUAAUGCUACUCAAAAAUCUCACCAAACCAACACAGCCAAUGGAGUGUCAUUUAUGAACAGUAAAACUGGUCCUGAACCAGUUGUAUCCAGUUUGUUAAUGCAGUCUAAAAAUAAACCAGCAGCAGUUGUGAGCAGCGGUGGCCUGCCAUCAAAAGGUCAAGCUGUGCCUGAUGUUGCAACCAGGCAACAGACUGUGGAUAGCUCAGCACACACCAAGAACAAAACUGGUAAACCUACUCAUGCUGAGGACAACCCUUAUCUAAGCUUUGACCCUUGUGUUGCAGCAGAGAAGACAAUGUGUGGGGGUCUAGAGAAGGUUCUAGAUCAGGGCAAGUCAGCUCAGUUCCCAGUGCUAAGUGUGGAGGUGGGCCAAGGAAACUCCCCUCAGCCAAGCAAGUGUUCUGGCAUCCAACACCACCCCCACAGCUACCAAAGACAAAACUCAGCCCCACCCAACACAAGUUUCUGCCCAGACUCCCCCGCUGCCUGCCAUACAUCCAGCCCCACACCUGUGGAGCCCCAGUGUCAGGCAGGUUGCCCGGCUCCCAUGGAGUCUCCUGACUGGGAGAACUCUGUCAAACAGCCCAAGCUGACAGGACAGGAGAACGUCAAGAGACAGAAACAUCCUAGUGGCUCCUCUGCUGCUGACAGCCAGUCCCCAGCUAGACACAAGCACUCGAGCGGAUCCUCUCAGAAGUCAAACAGGUCUUCUGGGGACUGUGAGAAGGGAAGUAAACCAGGAAACACAAAAAAUAAGAAAAGGAUGGCAAGUGGGGAGAAGUCUCCAGCCAGCUCCAUGUCCAGCCGUAGUGUUGAGUUCUUCUGUGGGGAAUCUGGCUCAGCAUUCAACUUGGAGUCUAAAAUAAUUCCAGUGGAGGCAAAGAUAGGCCAGAGUUUGGGCGACAUGAGUGAGAUCAUUGAGGGCGGGCGCAGCUUGCCAGGUCUGGUGUCUGGACUCUGCAGGCCAGGCAGCACGCCCUGCAUGCAGAGUCUUGACGAGGUCAGCUACAAGUCAUGUGACCCAUGUGUCAGCCUGGUGGGCACCUGCAGGACCAGGCACAGCAUCUCCGACCUGGGCAACUACCAGCAGUCCGAGACCAACCUCUCCAACAACAACAACAACACUGACAGCUGUGCCAGUGAACCCGCUCUCAAUUACGUUAAAGUGGAAAUCACCUCCAACGAGGGACAAGGGGAUGGCCGCAAUAAAAGUCGCAAUUCUUCUGAUGCUGACGAGAAGCAGCCCCCUCUUUCCUAUGCCCAAAUAGAUUUUGUCAAGUCACAGAGCUUGAAUAAAACUAAAUCGUUAUCAUUAGGUAGUUCAGGGGACAACUUUUCCAAAUCAUGAGGGUUAUCAAUUGAUUUAUCCAGCCAAAUGUGAGGUCAUUAGUUUAUGUAACCAGUUAAAUACAUGGUCAUUAAUUGAUGUAGCCAAUCAAAUAUAAAGUAUUUGAUUGAUGUUGUCAAUCAUGUGAGGUCAUUGUUUGGUGUAGCCCAUCAAAUGUGAGGUCAUUGGUUGAUGUAGACAAUUAACUGUAAGGUCAUUGGUUCAUAUAGUGUCACAUAGCCAAUCAAAUGUGAGGUUUUAUUUGGUGUAGCCAAUCAAAUGUGAGGUCAUUGGUUGAUGUAACCAAUCAAAUGUGAGGUUAUUCAGUGUAGCCAAUCAAAUGUGAGGUUAUUCAGUGUAGCCAAUCAAAUGUGAGGUUAUUCAGUGUAGCCAAUCAAAUGUGAGGUCAUUGGUUGAUGUAACCAAUCAAAUGUGAGGUUAUUCAGUGUAGCCAAUCAAAUGUGAGGUUAUUUGAUGUAGCCAAUCAAAUGUGAGGUUAUUUGAUGUAGCCAAUAAAAUGUAAGGUCAUUGGUUGAUGAAGCCAAUCAAAUGUGAGGUUAUUCGGUGUAGCCAAUAAAAUGUGAGGUCAUUGGUUGAUGUAGCCAAUCAAAUGUGAGGUCAUAGAUUGAUGCUGCUAAUUAUCGUUAACGUCAUUAAUUGAUGAAAGCAAUCAUGUAUCCCAGACUUUGAUGGUUGAGUACUGCCAUAUUGAUAUUGAUGUGGAAUGGUGAGUUUGUGUGUACACAGAUUUUUUUCUCUCUCUCAUCAUUGGUUUGUAUGAAUUUUUUUUAGUAAUGAACUUUUGGUGUACAUGUUUUUACCAGAUUUGUGAUAAAUUUUAAAAAGCGCUGGCUACUGAAGGCUAGAACAAACAGAGCUGUCACCAGAGCUCAACAGACACAUUUUUGUUCAGUAGUUUUCACCAGUUCCUGAAUUUUUUAGUCACUUGUGAUGUUGUACAUGGAAGCAGAUGGUAUUUAAUUCUUGUCAAGUUUCAUGUCCACAGCAAGACAUGCUUGUAUGAUAGAACUGUUGUGUAAAGGUUUCAUGUCCACAGCAAGACAUGCUUGUAUGAUAGAACUGUUGUGUAAAGGUUUCAUGUCCAGACAUGCUUGUAUGAUAGAACUGUUGUGUAAAGGUUUCAUGUCCACAGCAAGACAUGCUUGUAUGAUAGAACUGUUGUGUAAAGGUUUCAUGUCAAGACAUGCUUGUAUGAUAGAACUGUUGUGUAAAGGUUCUCCUGUUGCGGAUGGGUUGCCUGCUGGUGUGGCCGUCUGUGUACUUGUUGACAUCCUACCUGAUUUGUCACCUGUCUAUGGAACCAUGUAUGGUGCAGUGUGUCCUCUUCUUGUUACAUGUCAUUGCUGGCAUUCAAACUAAGAUAACAUUAAACCUAUCAAAGAUGA